AUGACAAAUGAUUAUCGUUCUACCUUGAUAGCUGUUGGCUGGAGCCUUGCGGGAAAAGGAUGGGAGGACGGCCUCAUGAUGUUUGCCUGGGCUGGUGCAAUUGUCACAACGGCACUGGUUACGCUCAGUACGACUUAUGGCUUUGGAUUGCACUUUGACGCUAUCGAUAGCGCCGCCAAUAAGUCUCUCGCUACCAAGUACACGCUGAUCCCACCUGCCAUAUCACUCCUAUCCGCAGGUGCGGCGAAAAUUUCAAUCGUGAUCUUUCUCAUGAGGAUCCUGGGCUCCUCAGCCAAACUCCCGUACAAACUCAUCCUCUACAUUCCGACAAUUAUCAUGAUAGGCGCGAAUAUAUUUGCCAUGGUUGUAUUGUUGGGUUAUUGUACUCCUCCUCAGAAAGCGUGGAACCCUUCAAUACCAGGGCAUUGCAUGUCAGCGGAAACUCUAGAUAUUGGUGGAAGAGCUGUUACUGUGUAUAAUGCUGCCAUGGACUUCUUAUGUGCUUUUUUCCCUAUCUACAUGGUCUGGAGACUCAACAUGAAAACACGGACAAAGUGGGGAUUGGCAGUCGUAAUGGGUGGUGGUAUUCUCGGUGCAGCAGCCAGUCUUGUGAAAGUUGUUAUGAUGAGUAAUAUCAAAAAUACUUCCGAUAUAACAUAUUCGUGGGCCCCCAUUGCCUUAUGGUAUAUGACCGAGAUGUUCGCCAUUAUUAUCGCUGGCUCUAUUCCUACGCUACGCCCACUGUGGAAGGUCAUUCGGGGACUGCAAUCUACUUCCCAGAGCAACCUAUCUUCCGGCUACCGUUCCAACAGUCAGCCUAUCAAGAAGAACUCUUCGAAAUCCAAGGAUGGAAGCACUCCAGCAGCUCCAGGACUGUAUACGAUAGCGCUGCGAGACCUUGACAAAGAUGGGAGUGAUUUGGAGUCGAACGGACCGAGGUCAAGUAGAGAGAGGAUAUUGUGA